CCCACUUCCGGUUUGGAAGCGGUGGGGGAACCGCUCUCGGGGCGGACAGGGCUCCACUUCCGGAUCGUGGGGCCAAUCGGAGGGCCGCUCUCGGUCGCGACGCUCGUCCCCCUGCUCGCUGCUUCCCCGCGUACUUCGGUGGCGGGCUUCAGCCGUCGUCGCCGCCGUCCUCGCUCGAGGGGAGGCUCCUCGCCGCCUGCAUGUGGCCACUGUGACUCGCUUCUCCCUCUGCAAGAGUGGCUCCAGCCGAGGCCUAUGGAGGAUUCUGACAACCGGGCUGAAGUGGUUCUGCUGGCAUGUGGCUCUUUCAAUCCCAUCACCAACAUGCAUCUUCGACUUUUCGAACUGGCAAGAGAUCACCUGCAGGAAACGGGGAAAUACAAAGUGGUCAAAGGGAUCAUUUCGCCUGUGGGGGACGCCUAUCUGAAGAAAGGCCUGAUCAGCGCCAGUCACCGGGUAACCAUGGCAAGGCUCGCAACAGAAAACUCAGACUGGCUGGAAGUGGACGACUGGGAAAGCAGCCAAACAGAGUGGCAGGAAACCAUCAAAGUUCUCAGAUAUCACCAUCACAAGUUGAAGCAUUCAUAUUCUUCCAACUGCUUUGAGGAAGCUCCUCUUCCAAGCAAAGCAGGCCGGAAGAGAAAGCGGGCAACAGGGAGCCAACUCCCCGUUCGAAUGAAUCAAUCCAAACGAAAAGGCAUCCCCCAGCUGAAGCUGCUCUGCGGAACGGAUGUUCUGGAAUCCUUUGCAGUGCCCAGGCUCUGGAAGCCAGAAGACAUCCUGGAAAUUGUGUCCAAGCACGGCAUGGUGUGCAUUACCAGGUUGGGGAACCACGCGCAAAAGUUCAUUUACGAGUCCGACAUGCUGUGGAAGCACAAAGAGAACAUUCACCUGGUGGAGGAAUGGAUUACCAACGACAUCUCAGCAACCAAGAUACGGAGAGCACUGAGGAGGGGCCAGAGCAUACGGUAUCUAGUGCCCGACAUCGUUCAGGCUUACAUCACACAGCAUAAUCUAUACACUGCAGAGACUGAAGACCACAAUGCAGGAGUUGUCUUGGCUCCUUUGCAGAAAAACGCAAGAGGGCCCAUAAAAAAUUGAAUGGGGGUGGAGUGGGGAGAGAGCAGGAAUAGGGUCAGAUUGGCACACAUUGGAGCAGUUUUAGGUGGUGUCUCCUCCCUACUCACUUGGUUAUGACCACCAAGGGUAGUAGAGUCCCACCGCGUGUCGGGAUUGAAUUUUGGAACAUGGUCGACUUACUGGCCGAAAUAACCAUAAGCUGGCUUCCUGUACCUUUUGAAGCUUCUUGACUUGCAGCAACCAAGGUAUUCGACCCUUAGCUUCUGCAAAUCAAGGAAAGGUUGAAACGUUGGCAAUGGCCAUCCAACUUUAUGGAUCUUAAUCCCAGUCUGCCUCAUAGCUCUGUUCUCCAUUGUGGAGAUUCAGGGCUGGCUAACACAUCCUUACGCUUUUGUUAUUUGGCAGCCCCGAGGCUAGAUUGGGGUCUGCUUCCAGUUUCAAACGGAGUGUGUCCAUCUGGGCAGCCAUCGCCGUGGCUCAUCUCUGAGUCGUCGGCUGGUAUCUUUGCAUGGCACUUUUUGAAUGGGAAUAGGAAAUGAGGGCCGUUUCCCAUUUCUUAGCUCUGAUGAUGCACCGUUUUAGUCCUUUCUGUAGUUCGGGAUGCAGUGACGGACGGGGCUUCUAAAGAGAUGGAGUGUGCUGCUAACUGGGAAAGACUCUUUCCCUGAAAAUGAAUGUUACAUAAAGCCUGCAUCUUCAGAGAAAUAUAUUGUCUGUUGCUCUGAUAAAUCCUACCUCCCCGGUGUUCCUAGUACUUCAGUGCAGCCCGGUUUCCUCUCACUUGGACGUAAGCUGUUCUCGGUCCGGAGUGAUCGGGGUGCCACUUUAAGUGCCUUGUUGAUUUAAGCACUAAAGCAUUUUUUAAGAGACUGUGGUUGGAGCUUGGAGGUAUGAGGUAUGUUAAACUGUGUGGACAUGAGAAACCACAUUUGCCUGCUAAGGUGGUCUCGGAAUGUAGCAUUUUAAAAUGCUGGGUCUAUCGUUUAAGGUGUUACCACUUUAGCUGUGCAGGAUGGUUCAUUUGAUUGAAUACGUCACACGCAGAUAGCAAACACUAGGCAAACAUUCACUGUGACAUACUCGUUUUCUACAAGUAUGGAUUUUUUAAAAUUUUUGCUGGAGCAUUCAAUCAUGUGAGCCACACAGGCUGAUCAUGUCAGCGGGUUUAUUUAAGCUCUUAUUUUAUACAGGAUGCCCUCCAGAUGGGCAUCAAGAUGAUAAACCUCUUCUGCAGCCCAAAAGGUGGGCUGUCCUGCGUGGCCAGUGGUGGACCACAGCUGUUCCAUGACCCUGUGAAGCCAGUUUACCUCCUUUGGUAUCCCCGAGGCAGAACAAAUUAACAGCAUUGGAGAGAUCUAGCAGCUCAGAGUGUUUUCUGAUUGUAUUUCCCAGGGUUUUUUCAUCCCCUAAUUCAGUGUUUUUCAAACUUGGCAACUUUAAGAUGUGUGGACUUCAACUCCCAGA